AUGAAAGACUUGUUGCUGGCCUAUGUCUGUUGGAUGACCGCAUGUGUCGGUUUAUGUGGCAUUCAUCGUUUCUAUCUCAAUUCCCCUCUCAUGGGUUUCAUCUACUUGUUCACUUUGGGUUUAUUCGGAUUGGGUCAAUUAAUGGAUUUAUUUCUCAUUCCCAGUUUGGUCGAAAGUUGUAAUUUACGCGUAAUGAAUAACUACCAUGGUGGUGCAGGGAAUAUCGGGCAGAAUCAUAAUACAGGUGCUCAUUAUUAUAGUUUGUUUGGAGGUGGUGCUCAUUCUCAACCUGGAAUUACAUUUUCAUUUGGUCAUCAUCAUCAUCAGCCUCAAGCUUAUAUUCCACCAAAUCAGGAAGGAGGUCAAGAAACGUCAUCUCGGGAAGGGCAGCAAGAAGAACAAGAACAGCCUCAAGAAUAUGUUCCUCCGCAACACUCUAAUAAUUCUUUCAAUUUUGGAUUCAAUCCUGGAGGUGGAAUUUCGGUCAUGGUGAAUGGUCAACCUGUGGAUUUGUCUCAAGGAGGAACUUUUUUCAUGAAUGAAAAUGGAAUUAUUGAGGGAGGAGGUGAAGAUGAAUUUGGAGAUGGAGGAAUUGGAUACACUCCAUCGAGGAAUGAUCGAAUGUUUGAAGAACAAGCUCGAAGAAAUCGUGAUCAUUUCGAUCAAUUGAAUCGACAACGAAUGAUGGAUCAACAACGACGUGACAUGGAAAAUCAUCAACGUAUUAUGAGAGAGAAUAAUCGAAGGCAUAUGGAAACGACUCAACGUGUGCAUCAAAUGAAUAUGCAGAAUAUGAAUCGAAUUCAUGAACAAAAUCGAAAUAUGGUUUUCCAACAACAACAGAGAAUGCAAUUCCAGAAUAAUUUAAAUAAUACGAUGAGAAUGCAUCAAAUGAAUACAUUCCCUAGAAGGUAA